GCUGCCUGUGAUCAGUCACGAAGAAUCCAAUCCUCAUUUCGUUGGGCUCCAGGAGUCAUUGAUAAAUUGAUUCUGCUGCAAGGAUCUUUCGGAUAAUCUGCGCUUUGUUUUUCGACUUCUUGACUAGUCCAAGCUGUCGGCCUGUCAGGAGUCAUAACAAUAAUAUAUUGCCACUUGUACGCGUUGUUUGUUUUGCUACUCCUCUAGCCCACCAACUUUGUUUAUGCUUAUUUCACCGUUCUAUGCUCAUCAGAUCUAUCUUAUUAUUGUUGAUCAUUCAUCAUUAUUAGGUGCAUUACAUAUUGCACCUCCAAACUAUCACGAUGGAGUUGAGAGGAACUCGAAGGAGUAAGAGACUCAGCUCUAUAUCCACUUCCAGUCCCCAGCCUCCUUCUCCAGCCUUGCGCAAAAGAAAGGAGCAAUCAUCCGAUCAGACUUCUCGCACUCCUCCAAAGAAAAAGGUCCGAUUCUCGGAUCCGGGGCCUCGAUUGCAGAAUGAUCCCAACUGCUCGACUACAGGUCUGACUCCUGCUUUGGUCCGCACAUCGUUUGAGGAAUCAGAUGCUGCACAGGCAGAUUCCGUGACUCAGACUCCCACUCGUCGUUCGCGGCGAAGACGUUCAACCCCUCUGCCUCGAUCUCGCCGUUCGCGCGAGCCCUCGCUCCCCUUUAUCGAGGGCUCAGCGGACCGAGUGGUGCAGUUCACCCCAUUGCGGCAGAUUUUGGAUCCACGGGCCCAGCGAAGAAUUUGUCGAACAGGCCUCAGUGAUGAGAUUAAUCACAUUCAACGCGAGAAGCGGCAGGCGGCCCACUAUGAAAAGUCGCUGCAGUCUCUGCUGCAGGAGAGAGAUGCACUGAGGCACGAGCUCGAAGCGGCAAAGAGAGACAAUGACGGUAGCGAAGUCAGCACCAUCCGGGACGAAGAAUUACUGUCACCACCAGCUAGCUUCGAACAGCUAGAGUUCGAAAACAAUAUACUCAAAGAACAAAUUUCGUCUAAGAAUGGAAACCCAGAUGACCAUUCUAGCAUUGCUAGUAACGGGGACGGAGACACCAUGAUUCUUAAUGACAGCACUUUUGAGGGUGACACAUUUCUCGUCUCUGACUCCCCAGAUAUUCGAGGCAUAAAGGAUGGCCAGCAUCCAGUAGCAGACGAUCUGUCGGUCUUGAGCUGCGGAAACUCCACCGAUGCUUCUAUCCAAGCGCAGCUGCCAGAUAUCAUCCACGAUACCGAGAUAAAUGCCCUUUCCCGCGAUUUAGAAGCCGCAAGAAAGGAGAAGUUGGAUCUAUUUGACGCCUGUCGCACUCGCAUCCCCUUCUCCGCUCUUGAAGGCGCCGCAAUCAGCAACAGUCUCCGUCAGCUGUCGCCGCCGCCUGAUUUUCUGGAACAGGUUUUUACCACCCUAACUGCUGCUCUCGCCCGGGCUUCAGAUGCUACUAGUGCGCUGGAUUCGGUUCGACAGGAGCUGUCCACUUUGGGCUUUCCUGGUAGCAACGUGGACGAUAUUGUGUCUGAGAUGCGUACUCGCUUCCGCUCAGCACGCCUUGAGCUAGAGCGUGUAGUUCCGGGAGAGACCGCAGACGUGAGUUUGAAUGACGGAAAUGCCACACUCAGCGCAUUGGUGAAGCGAGUGGAUCUGCUCGUUCAGAAUUUGGAUGAAGAACGGGGUCUCCAUGACAGUUCGCUUGGUCGUGAAAAAGCCUUGAAGGACCAGUUCGACAACUUGCUAGCUCGGUACGAGGCUGCAUCGAAAAAGAUUCACGAUUUGGAGGAUAGCAUCACAUCAUCUGCGGGUGAUAUGCUACACACUAGAAUGCGCAUGCAGGACAUGGAGCGUGAAGGAAAGGAACAGGCUGUGGGAAUUGAAAGGCUGAAUGCAGCACUCUUCAAGUAUCGUGAGGAGGUCAAGAGCUUAGAAAACCUCGUAACUGGUUUGGAAGAGGACAAGACCACAUGCAAAGAGACAUACUGCCAGAAAGUCUCGGAACUGGAGGGCAAGGUUGCUGAUGAGGAAAAGGCACGCCGCUUUGCUGAGACAAGCGUCACGGAGCAUGAAACACGCAUUCGUGAAUUGGAGCAAACGGUCGAGCAGAAUCGCAUCCGCGCUGGUGACUUGACUGCCCAAAUGGAGUCGCUCGAAAAAGAACGUCAGAGAGUCGUGGAAGGCUUGGAGCAGGAUGCCGCGCAGCAGCUUCAACACUACGAGCAUGAGAUUGGGUCGAUGAAUGUCCAAGUCUCAGAGCUCACCACGUCGCUUGUGGAUGCGAAGUCGGAGGCGGAGAGGCUCCGUCUCAGCAAUGCUGGAUUGGAGGAACAGCUGCAACUCGAAAUCGAGGCGAGAGACAAUCUCCUAGACAGAUGGUCUGAGGAACAAAUGCGUUCUUUUGCCUUCAUGAAGGAAACCGUCAACGCUGAGCGUCGAAAGGCCAAGGUUCGCACAGCAAAUUGGGAGAUGAAAUCAGGCGAUCCUCAAUCAGAUAACGGGAAUCUGGGAAGCGAGCCCAUCACCCCGGUCAGCAUGACGAGAUUUGUAGAUGUCGGGGUUGGCAGGGGAAAGCAACGAAAACGAUUAGACAGUGGGAUUGGAAUUCUCACAAGCGACGGGCCUCUGGAAGAUGAUGAGGGCAACCAGACCACCACUUCAGACAUUCUGUUGCCAUCAGAUCCCGUCAAUCUUUGAUUUCUUGUUGGAUGCUAUCGUGUCUAUUUCUAUUUUGUAUUAUAUCUGGCUGGUACUGGCUUUUCAUUUCUUGGGUGGCUCGGGCUGGAUCUUGCUUAGGGA